AGUCGUGAUGGUGGAGACGCACUGCAUGUUCUUUUCUCAGCACGCCGAUCAUCAGGAUGCGCAUCCAUGCGGGUGAAUGGGGCUCCGGGAAAUUCUGGGACGAUCUUAUACGAGGCAGUGAAGGUAAAGCGUUCCACUCCCUUGGAGCCUUGGACCAGACCGUUUGCAUUCCGUACUUGAGGGCACCAAUAAUGCUAAAAGCUCCCCCACCACUUCAUGCCCGUCCAGCGUUGCGGGUUGUUUGAGAGAACCAACUCCAACGUAUUACAAUUCAACACUCAUUCUGAUCGAUAGAAAAUCAUCAUUAUGGUGCUUCAUGAGGAUCUAGGCCCAAACCUCACGGCGACGGUCCUCACGACAGGACUGCUGGCCUUCAUAACGAUGGGUAUGCGCACAUAUGUCAGAAUCACCAAUCGGAGCUGGGCUCUGGAGGAUUGGAUAAUGGCAGUUGGAUGCUUGCCUCUUAUGACUCUUACCAUUGUCACGACUAUCGGUUCUUACUACGGCAUCGGUGCCAAAGACAGUACUUUCGCUCGGCCUGGCAAUCAGAAAUAUGUGGAGACCGCGUACUUUUGGUUCUUCUUCUAUCAAAUCUUUUACUGCACCUCCAUCAUCUUCAUCAAGCUGAGCAUCGCCUUCAUGUUGAACCGGAUAGCUGGAAGAAGGAUGAUUUUCAUCUACAUCAACUACGCCAUCAUGGGUCUCUGCGCAGCCACCAACCUAGCAGCCAUUCUUUACAUCAUCUUCCAAUGUCAUCCUGUUGAGGCUGCUUGGAGAGCCGAUCUUAUGGCAGAAGGGACACACUGCGAGCCAUCAGUCUACUUGCAGAACGUUUACUUCUUCUGCACAUCGGUCAACAUUUUCACCGAUUGGGCUACGGCACUCAUGCCAAUCGCUCUUCUGUGGAACGUGCAAAUGAACAGAAACACCAAGAUCUCAGUUGCCGGCAUUCUGGGCUUAGGUAUCUUCACAUCGGUCUCUGGCUUAGUUCGCCUAAAGUACACCGUCGGCCUGACAAGCAGCCAUGACUACCUCUAUGGCCUCGCGAACAUUCUCAUCUGGGGCUACGCCGAACCUGCCCUUGGUAUGCUUGUCGGCAACAUCGCAACCCUUCGCCCACUCUUUCAACGCCUCCUGCACCUCGGCUCCAGCGGCUCUCAGCAGCCUCACUCUGGAGGUACACCGCACGGCAUCAGUGGCGACGGUGGCCGUUCGCAUCGCUACAAGCCAUUCGACCACGAAGUCGAGCUCGGCACCAUUGCGGACAACAAGGAUGGGCAUAUUCCUUCGAUUCAGGUUCGCGGCGGUCGUAGUAGCGUGUCGAGCGAUAGCGAGAGCCAGAAGGAGAUUCUGGAGAAGAACGAUCGGUUUGUGAAUAACAAUAAGGAUAGUAUUGUUGUUAGUCGGCAUGUUGAAGUCAGUCGCGAGUGAAUGGUUGCUGGCUAGCGGCAUGUAUUCUGCGUCAGCGAGCAAUAGGAUCAAGCAGUAUCUCAGCGCGCAUUCGCUA